UUGCUAAAGCAGCAUGCAGAGGAGCUCUCAGUCGUCUGUCUCCCUCACCAGCUACCUGGGAUCACAGGCGUUAUCCUUUGCAACUGGACUGUGACCUCUGUGCCAUAGUGUCAAACUCAGGCCAGAUGGCUGGCCAGAAGGUGGGCAAUGAGAUAGACCGAUCCUCCUGCAUUUGGAGAAUGAACAAUGCCCCCACCCGGGGCUAUGAAGAAGACGUGGGGCACAGGACCAUGAUUCGAGUUGUAUCCCAUACCAGCGUUCCCCUUUUGCUAAAAAACCCUGAUUAUUUUUUCAAGGAAGCAAAUGCUACUAUUUACGUUAUUUGGGGCCCUUUCCGUAAUAUGAGGAAGGAUGGCAACGGCAUUGUUUACAACAUGUUGAAAAAGACGGUAGACGUCUACUCGAAUGCCCAAAUCUAUGUGACCACCGAGAAGCGCAUGAGCUACUGCGAUGGAGUUUUUAAGAAGGAAACUGGGAAAGACAGAGUCCAGUCUGGCUCUUAUCUCAGCACCGGGUGGUUUACCUUCAUUCUGGCCAUGGACGCCUGUUACGGCAUCCAUGUCUACGGCAUGAUAAACGAGACCUACUGCAAGACAGAAGGAUAUAGAAAAGUCCCCUACCAUUAUUAUGAACAAGGAAGAGAUGAGUGUGAUGAAUAUUUUCUUCAUGAACAUGCCCCCUAUGGGGGGCAUAGGUUUAUCACCGAAAAGAAAGUAUUUGCUAAAUGGGCCAAGAAACACAGGAUAAUAUUUACACAUCCAAACUGGACAAUCUCUUGAUGAUGCCGCUUUUUAAAUCAUGCCACCCAAUUUGAUGGGAUACUAAUCCUGCAACUGUGAUGCUGAUGCUGAUGGGGUUGAUGAUAAUGAGGAGGAGGAGGAGGAGGAAGAUCAGGACAACAACAAUGAUGAUCACGUUCCUGUACUCUCUCAGACAUGGACAGUCAUUUUGCCAGUCACUUGAAUUUGGAUUCUGUGGAAGGUGGUUAUGUUCAUUAGGUUUUGUGUGAAGGUUCAACACUACAUUCUGCACUUUAUAAUUUAACUGGAACUGAAAUGAAGGCCAGUGACAUUGCAGCUGUGACCUAAGAAAUGGGAUGAUUAUCCUUCGAGAUGUCCGCCCAGAAUUCUUGAACUGUGAGUAACUUCCAAAAGCCUCGGCAGUUGGCCACAUGAAGCAGGGUUAUUACUCUGCAGUCUAUUGAACUUGAACAGCUCCAAAACUUUCAAUAAUGGUUGAUUGUCGUGCAGGGACUCAAGAUAUGGUAACUGGGCAUGAUGGUCUUACUCCACUUACUAGUCAGCCUGACAGAAGGGACGGUAUCUCUUCAUGGCAGACCAGCUUCAUACAGCGAAUGCCCCAGCCCCAUCGCCGAGCUAACCAGGAAGACACUGUGGAUAUCCUUGCCGUCAGAAUCACUUGACUAUCUCAGACACUUAAAAUGGGCCAGUUCACGAAGUUUGAUGAAUUUCCAAUCUAGCCACUCCAUUCUUACUACUCCAAAUAAUGUAACUAAACGUGUCAUUAGAAUGAUCUAUAUUAAUGUUUGGAUAUUUUGGGUUGAGUUCUAAAUAUGUCAUAAAGCUACUUAAUACAUAAGAUAGCAACUUCAAUACUGUAAUAAUAUGUACUGUGAAAUCAUUCCUAAAACACAAGCAAAAGGGUUUACUAACCCUGCUUCAACAUAUAACAGCACAAAAUUUUGUGCUUUUUAAAAUCAUGAAACCAAGAAAGCAAAGCAUAUUUUUACAUCAACUUGUAUACUAUCAUAAUUCAUAAUGUAUAUUUGUAUAUUCAGAUAUCUAUUUUAUAAACCCAAGAUGUGUCUCUCCAUACAUAAUAUUGUCUUUGCCAAGUGCCAAGAGUUAGACCUGGAGAGGAGACUAUUCAUUGUAUGAAAUCUGACCAGAGCUUCUGCCUUCUAGGGGUUUAUUUUCCCCACAGGGUAACAGUUGUUAACCAUAACAACAAUAAGAAUGGCCUUAAUGUCCAAUGUGCUCUGCCAUUUAAGGGCCUAUGCUACCCCAUGUGAGACCCAUGACCAUUGCCUUGGCAUUUUGACAUUCCUUUAACAGAUGCUCUGCAAUUUUUUCAUUGCUAUAUAUUCCAUAUUGCUCCCCUCAUUAAUAUUUGUAUAGAAUAGCAUUUAGGUAGACUAAUAACCAACUGAUUUCGAUGCCAAAAACAAUGAAUUUGCAAGAAGUGUCACAAGGAUAGCCUUGGCCAUCGACUAGGACCUUUGUGAACUGCUCAAGGGCAAGGGGAAGGAUGAGGAGACAGAGACAAUGGCAGGAAAUGCAAGCAGAGAAAUAUACAUUUCUAUCCCAGGUUUGAGACAACUCUGGUCUCCACUUACUCAUUGCUCAGAAAGUACUAGAGGAUCGAUUUGCUGAGAGCAUAGUUGAGAGGCCAAAAAACAUCCGGGCAGAAUGGUUGGAGAGACAAAGGCCAGGUUUAAUUACUGAUACCUGAAGAAUGAUGUAGAGGCUGGAAGUGGUGAGUCAUUUCACCUCAGAAGCCUUUUGGAGCUCCUUGAAAGUGCUAAGUCCAUGACUAGUUGUUAUUAAAAUAUACCAUCUUGGAUGAAUGCAUGUUCCAUGCUCACUUCUGCCAGGUUGCUACCCUAGUACUCAUCCACAAAAGCACCCGUGCACCAGGUCCCUGAUUGGAAGAAGUUAUUCUUUUGUUAUUUCCUCUUAAUUCUAGGAACGUUAGGUUUUUGU